UGUCACACAUGGCAGGUACAAACCACUGAGCUAACCACAGUAGCUCACAGGCCAUUAUCCUGUCAGUACUUAAGAGAGUGAAGCACGCAACACACGGUUGCUAAUCUCCUUAGCCCUCUCCUCCAUUGGAGCUAUAGCUAGCAAACUUUUUUUUUUUACUGAGCAAAUUCAGUUAGCGAAGCGAAAACCAUGAAGAAGGAGAUCAUUAUCAGGAUUUCCGUGAAAACCGACAAAUGCCAGAAGAAGGCCAUGAAAGAGGCUGCUACUGUCAGCGGGGUGCAGUCGGUGACGCUGGCCGGCGGCGACCGGAACCUGCUGCUGGUGAUCGGCGAGGGCGUGGACACGAACAAGCUGACCAAGAAGCUCAAGAGGAAGGUGGGCUCCGGUGAGAUCGUCGAGCUGAGGACCGUCGACACGUUCGAGGCGGCGGCGGCGAUGUUCCCGGGCGGGAUGAUCAUGCCGCCGCCGGCGCCGGGGAGCAAGGACGCCGCCGCCGCCAGGGCGAUGGCGACGACGCGGGCGUCGCCGUACCACUACCAGCCGUCGCCGUACGGCCCGUACCACCAGCAGCAGCAGUGGCAGCCGCCGUACGCCAUGGCGCCCAGCCCGUACGCGUACCCGUACCAGUACCACCCGUCGCCGAUGGCGAUGGCCGCCGGCGGCGGCGGCUACGGCUACGGCGGCAGCAGCUACUCCCGCGCGGUGGCGCUCAGCCACCCGGCCAUCUACUCGCCGCUGGUGGAGAAGCACGACUACCACCCCAUGAACCACUCCACCACCACCAAGAAGAAGACCACCACCACCACCACCACCACCGGCGCCGGCACCGGCCGCGCCGCCGCCGCAGCCGCCGGCGGCAAGACCUUCAAGGCGGUGUCCCGCUCCCGCCGCCACCACGAGAGCGACAGCAACGCCUGCUGCAUUCUCUAGCACCAAAUUAAUCUCGAUCCAUAAAAUUACCUAUAUAUGUGCAUGCAUGUACAUAUGUGUGAUUUUGCUUGUUGCUUUCUUGCCUUGUUCUUUUCCAUUUUUGAAGGUCGUUAACCUUUUGCUGCUUUCUUUUGCGGUUAAUUAAUUUGGCAGCUUUUGCUGCACAACCUAGUGAAUUAACCAUGUAUAAUAAUAAAACUGUAUAUCGUAAAAACUGUACCUGUAAAACUCUGUUACUGCUUGGAUUUCUUCAGAGAUUAUCUGAAGUUCUUGCAAGAACAACACCUCUCCUAUUACAGAAGA